AUGCGCAACGCGUGGACUUUAGAGCAGACACUACUGCACGAAGCCCGGUUUGCCGUCGCUGCUAGCACGGGCGCUUUCGACUUUACGCCCGCAUUCGAGGACGCCGUUCUCUGCAUCGUCCCCUCGGCCCUCUUUCUGGUUGUGGCCCUACAGCGUCUCUUCUGGCUCGCGAGACAGCCUCGCAAGAUUGCCAAAAGCUACCGGCCAAUCGGAUUGAUCGGCGUCUAUACGGCUCUACAACUUGCAGUAUUGCUGUACUGGGCUCUGAAUUCAGAGAAGUGGCAUUUUUCUCAGUUGCGGACGUCGGCCGCCGUGCUCGCCUUCGUCGAUGGAAUUUUGCUCUUGUUCCUGUCUCACACCGAGCACGCGCGCUCGGUGCGACCAUUUACCAUCAUAAAUGUUUAUUUACUCUUUACUUUGCUCUUUGACUGCGUCAUCGCCAGAACCCUGUGGCUUGCCGAUCAUGACUCCACCAUCUCGAGCCUCUUUACCGCAACUGUCGCGAUCAAACUCUUUGUCAUGACUUCGGAAUCUUGGGAAAAAAGACCUAUACUCCUGUCCCAGUACCAGUAUCUCUCCCCAGAGGCAACCAGUGGCAUACUGGCCCGGAGUGUUUUCUGGUGGCUGAAUUCGUUGAUGCGAACCGGGUUCACCCGCUCCCUCAUCGAUCAUGAUCUGCUUCCCAUUCAUGACAGCCUAGCGGCACGAACACUACCCCCCAAAGCAGGAAACUCGUUUAGUUCAUCAAACCAGUCCAACCGCCAUGCCUUGGCCUUCUCCACGUUGUGGGCCACCAAGUAUAUCUUUCUGGCUGGCGUGGCACCCCGGCUUGCAUUGGCAGCUUUCAAGUACACGCUGCCCUUUCUCAUUACCAGGACGACUCCCUGA